GUCCAAACCGGAUGGUGACGUCCAGGCCCCGGCCAACCUUGGGGAAGGGUGCGCGAUGAAGGCAGGACCGGGGUCCGGCGAUAGGCGGCGAUGGGGCCCUGGCAUUAAGAACCAGGAGGGCUGAGGGCUUCUGGCGAUCCGAUGUCGGAACCCUACAAUUCUCCUUUGUCGCCCUCACAGCUUCUGUGAUGGCCUGUCCAGUUCUGAUCGCCCCGUGUAAACUGUGAGGGUGUGGCGGUGUUUUCACAGAUGUGCUCCCCUUGUAAGGUCUUCUAAUACAAAUAUUUAUUGAGAGUCUGAGUGAAUGGGGGCCGAGACCAGGAGUAGAUCUAGGCUCAGCGUUUCCCCACCGCCGAGAGAGCGGAGGGCCCAGAGGGCAAGCUGAUGGACUUCAGCAUAUCAUCUCUUCAGUCAAGAGAACUCAUCUCUUCGGACCUUUUCCGCUUGCUUUUCCGCUGAAGUUCAUUCUUCCUUCUCUUGUCACCCUUUCCAACUUCUCAUCCUGAAGCUUGGCUAGCUCCACCAGCUUUCAGAUACAAAACAAAGAAUUGCUUUGCACCGAGCCAGAACAGAUACACUGAAAGAAUUAUCAGAAAAGAAUAAUACAUAGGAAUGACUGUCAACAGCCUCUCUCUGUGCUACCACAACAAACUAAUCUUAGCUCCUAUGGUUCGGGUGGGGACUCUCCCAAUGCGGCUUCUGGCCCUGGACUAUGGAGCGGACAUUGUGUACUGUGAGGAGCUGAUCGACCUCAAGAUGCUUCAGUGCAAGAGAGUUGUCAAUGAGGCGCUCAGCACAGUGGAUUUUGUUGCUCCUGAUGACCGAGUGGUCUUCUGCACCUGUGAAAGGGAGCAGAGCAAGGUCGUCUUCCAGAUGGGGACUUCAGAUGCAGAGCGAGCCCUUGCUGUGGCCAGGCUUGUAGAAAAUGAUGUGGCUGGUAUUGACGUCAACAUGGGCUGUCCUAAAGAGUAUUCCACCAAGGGAGGAAUGGGAGCUGCCCUGCUGUCAGAUCCUGACAAAAUCGAGAAGAUCCUCAGCACUCUUGUGAAAGGGACGCGCAGACCUGUGACCUGCAAGAUUCGCAUCCUGCCAUCGCUGGAAGACACCCUGAGCCUUGUGAAGCGGAUAGAGAGGACUGGCAUCGCCGCCAUCGCAGUUCACGGGAGGAAGCGAGAGGAGCGGCCCCAGCACCCUGUCAGCUGCGAAGCCAUCAAAGCUAUCGCUGAAACCCUCUCCAUUCCUGUCAUAGCCAAUGGAGGAUCUCACGACCACAUCCAAGGGUAUUUGGAUAUAGAAGACUUCCGACGAGCCACGGCAGCCUCUUCAGUGAUGGUGGCCCGGGCGGCCAUGUGGAACCCAUCCAUCUUCCUCAAGGAGGGUCCACGGCCCUUGGAAGAGGUCAUGCAGAAGUACAUCAGAUAUGCCGUGCAGUAUGACAACCACUACACCAACACCAAGUACUGCUUGUGCCAGAUGCUGCGAGAACAGCUGGAAUCACCCCAGGGAAGGUUACUCCACGCUGCCCAGUCUUCCCAGGAAAUUUGCAGUUUCCUGCGCGCUGGCUGCACUAAGGGGCUUGCCCUACUCUUCUCAUCCCUUCAAAGUGAGGCCUUUGGCCUUGGUGCCUUCUAUGAGGAGACCACACGAGAGCUGGAUGCCCGACGGGCCAAACUUCUGGCCAGGAGCCCAGAGGAAGCAGAGGGACCAGCUGAAGACACUUCUGGUAUCAUUAAGAUGGCCAUCAAGUUUGACCGGCGAGCAUAUUCACCCCAGAUCACCCCCAAGAUGUGCCUGCUGGAGUGGUGCCGGAGGGAGAAGCUGGCACAGCCGGUGUAUGAAACGGUCCAGCGCCCCCUGGAUCGCCUCUUCUGUUCUGUUGUCACUGUCGCUGAACAAAAGUACCAGUCUACCUUGUGGGACAAGUCCAAGAAACUGGCGGAACAGGCUGCAGCCAUCGUCUGUCUGCGGAGCCAGGGCCUCCCAGAGGGUCGGCUGGGUGAGGAGAGCCCCUCCUUGCACAAGCGCAAGCGGGAGGCCCUUGACCAAGACCCUGGGGAUCCCAGAACUCAGGAGCCAGCCAUGCCUGGGGAGCUGUGCAAGAAGCCUUUUGUAGCCUUGGCAAGUGGUCAAGAGAGCCCCCUGGAAGGCUGGUAACCACUGUCCCUCCCUGGUCAGCCUCUCCCUGGGCCUGGGCCUGGCCCUAGGAUGGCUGUGGGUGCACAGCAUCAGCCAGAUGCCAUUGGACAAUUUUCUGCCCCUGCUGGACAGGAAUUGAGAGGUUCUGGCUUGGGCCAGCAGCCUGGAGCAUGGGCCGAGGGGUGCCCAGAGUGUCCCAUCUCCCUCAGUGGGUCUGAGCAGCAGAGCUAAGUUCCCAGCGACCUCAGUAUUUUCUUUGAAAACAGGAGCUCUCAGGUGGAACCUCCCCAACCUGACAUUGGUACAGUGCAAUAAAGACACCCACCACCCUUA